AUGGAUCCAGAAAUUGAACGAAAAGCCAAGGAAGCUGCUGAACUGCCCAACGCUGAUAUAAAAAUCAUCCUCUUAGGAGACUCAGCUGUCGGUAAAAGCAAGCUUGUCGAGCGAUUCCUAAUAGAUGAUUACGAAGAGCGCCAGCUAUCUACAUUUGCAUUGACGAUGUUUCGAUAUAACACUGAAAUAGAUGGAGAGCCUACAAAAAUUGAUAUCUGGGACACUGCAGGGCAAGAUUGUUUCAGCCGACUGCAUUCUUCAUACUACUUUGGAGCACAUGCAGCAAUUCUUGUAUUUGACGUUACUAGAAAAAUUACAUAUGACCAUUUAAAAGUUUGGUAUAAAGAAAUGAGGACGUUUUGUCCUAGCAUUCCUUGCAUAUUGCUAGCAAACAAGAUUGAUGUGGACUUAGAAGUUACUAAAAAAAGCUUUAAGUUUGCAGAAACUCAUGGCUUGGAUUUCUUUUUUGUAUCUGCUGCAGAUGGAACUAACGUUGUAAGGAUAUUUGAAACCAUUUGCAGAAAAGCCUUGGAGUACAAGAGAAAUCCUCCAAGGACAUUUGAACAAGAUGUGCUUGAAUUACUUGAUGACGAUUCAUGGCUUCAAUAA